AUGUUGAAAUUGUGCUGCGCACUAAAGUUUUUUGCUCAUGGGAGUUAUGAACAAACUGUGGGCAAGGAUUUUCAGUUAGGUCUUGCGCAGCCCACAGUUUCAUUGACUUUGAAAGAGAUGCUCCCAAUCAUGGAAGCAAAACUUUGCAAUGCAUUGAUUAAAACUCACAUGACAGAAGCGGAAAAGCAACAGGCGAGAAGAAAAUUUUAUACACAAACAGGAAUUCCUAAUGUAAUUGGUUGCAUUGAUGGAACCCAUAUUGGAAUUAUUGCCCCCAAUGAUUGUAAGUACUUAACAAGCAUGUGCAUUAACUGUAUUUUGGCUUGUGACCAUGACAUGUUAAUACGGUUUGUUGACGCACCGUAUGCCGGGUCUACCCACCACGAUUCGUUUGUGUGGAAUAGCAGCUCUUUAAAGAGGUAUUUGGAAAAUACGUAUAAAAGAGGAGCAAAAAAUUCUGCUUAUUUAGGUGAUUCCAGAUACCCGCUACACGAGUACUUGUUGACACUGUUUCGAACCGCUUUACCAGGAACAAUACAGGCAACUUUUAACAAAAAACAUUCAAAAGCUAGAAAUGUUGUGGAGAGGACAAUUGACGCGUUGAAGUGUCGGUUCCGAUCAGGUUGA